UCGUCAGUCCAGGGCUCAUCCGAAGUGCUGGGCUUGAGAGUGAGUGAUGACUGUAACAGGGGCAGCUGAGGCUUAGCUGUGUAGCUCACAGAAAAAGGUGUACAUUGUAUUUCUCUGCUUUGGUAGCAGGUGCAGGCUCUUUACUGAAGGGAGAGUUGCCUAAAAGGAAAAGAAGAGAUAUUUUGUGUGGAUUUUAUUCUGGUUCUUCUGACUGCUACACUAUAUAUUAUCAUUAAGACCUGGAGGACUGGGGGACACUGGCACCUUUCACUUUUAUCUUGCUGUUUCCUAUUUCUGAAAUCUUAGAUGCAUCCUUAGUUUUAAGUAUUUUAGUAUUUUUUGGGUGUGACUAUUUUUGGUCUCAGCUGAUUAUCUCAAGCUAAAUAUACACUAUAUUGUUGUGGACUUGAAGUGUUAUAGGGGCACCUUUGGACCCCAACUUGCAACCAACAUUGACUAACUUGGCUAUAGCAGUGAGAGGACAAUGCCUGGAUUAUCCUAUAAUAAGCGACUCUGUAACUUGCCUGUUGGAAGCUGCAAGUGAAUCAGGGACUGGAGGCUGUCGGUUAGCUGCUGGCUGCAUUCCACCAGUUUGUCUGAAGACUGUAAACAUCUUGACAACCUUCACUAGCUGGUAGGAUACACGCACAACGAAAGAUACAACAGGAUCACCCUUCACACUCUGGGUCAGGAGGGAUUAGUUGAAGAAUGCUGGUCCCAGGUGCCCAACAGGAAGAUGGUGAUGCGUUGGCCGAGAGCCACAGCUGUUAGAUGGUUGCUGUUGAUGCUCGUAUGGCAGUGGACAGUGCUGGGCCACCUCGGCUGGGUUCUGGCCCUGGCUGAGGGGCAGCAGAGUAACAACCCCUCGCUCCCUGCUGCCAGCACCGGACACCAGAGUGGCGACCAAUUGGAUUGGCUGCUGUCUGAGAAGGGACCUUUCCACCGUUGUCCGGAAUACACAGAGUUCAAAGAACGCUUCCAGCAAGGCUUCUCCACACGCUAUAAGAUCUACAGGGAAUUCAGCCAUUGGAAAGUAAACAGCUUGGCUACAGAGAAGAGGGACGUUUUUAAGGCCCCAUUGCCACUGGCGCCGGAGUUUCUACGCAACCUGAGGCUGCUGGGUCGAAGGCCAAGUCUGCAGCAGAUCCACGAGAACUUGAUAAAGAAAUAUGGGACACACUUUUUGGUGUCUGCUACGCUAGGAGGAGAAGAAUCGUUGACAAUCUUCCUGGAUAAGCAGAAGCUCAGUAAGAAAUCGGAGGGACAGGGAAACAGCUCGGUGGUCUCCCUGGAAGUACUGCAUCAGUUGGCUGCCUCUUAUUUCACAGACCGCGAGAGCACCUUAAGAAGACUUCACCACCUACAGAUAGCCACCUCCGCCAUAAAGGUAACAGAAACUAGGACUGGGCCACUUGGAUGCAGUAACUAUGACAGCCUUGAUUCUGUUAGCUCUGUCUUGGUACACAGUCCUGAAAAUAAAAUACAUCUAAAAGGUUUACAGGAUGUCCUUCCAGAAUUCCUCCGGAACCGUUUUGUGGAGGCUGCUCUCAGCUACGUGGCAUGCAACUCUGAGGGGGAGCUUUUGUGUCGUAACAAUGACUGCUGGUGCCGCUGCUCUGCCAAGUUCCCUGAUUGUAACUGCCCCUUGGCUGAUAUCAAAGUCAUGGAGGAAAAUCUGCACAAAAGCAAGGAAUCCUGGACCAACUUCAACACUGAAUUCAUGGAAUCAGAUGAAUUCAAGGCCUUCAUGAAAAAACUACCAACGGACCGUUUUUUAAACACAUCCAUGGUAUUCAAGUUUUGGGCAACAGAUGCAGCUCUACAGAAGCGCUACAGCCAAUUGGAGAUCAGCACCAAUUUGGUUCUUGGGAAAGCCCAGAAGAUUGUGAGGAAACUCUUCACUCUGAGCAAGCGCUGUCCCAAACUGCCAAGGAUCAGCCUCUCUAGAGAAAGGACACCAGAAUUUUGGCUGAGCAAGGCCCAGUCACUCCUGUACUGCAACGAGCAUGGAAUCCUGGGCACGUUUUCAGAGGAGAUGCAGAGCUGCACCUGCACUGCAGAGCACAGUAGCGCCUGCCAGGGGACAGUGCCCUGUGAGGUCGGAGAGGGGUCAACCUGCCUCUCAUGUGCCCCGGACAACAUCACCCGCUGUGGCUCGUGCCACCUUGGCAACAUCCUGCACCUGGGCUCGUGUCGGCCCAACAUAGCAAACUCUCUGGACCACUACCUGAACAUUGACUUUGACAUGCCGGACACAGAGGUCAAGUAUCUGCUCCAGCAGCUGGACAGUCGCAUGGAGGUCCAUGCCAUCUACAUCAGCAAUGAUGUGCGUCUGGGCAGCUGGUUCAACCCGGCCUGGAGGAAACGCAUGCUCCUCACUCUAAAGAGCAACAAAAACAAAUCCAACCUCAUUCAUAUGCUAAUGGGAAUCUCAUUCCAGAUCUGCUCCACUAAAAACAGUACCCUGGAGCCUGUGCCUGCUAUCUAUGUCAACCCAUUUGGGGGCAGCCAUUCGGAGAGUUGGUUCAUGCCUGUCAACCAGCAGGACUUCCCAGACUGGGAGAGAACUAAAUUGGAUGCCUCUCUGCAGUGCUACAACUGGACGCUGAUGCUGGGCAACAAGUGGAAGUCCUUCUUCGAGACGGUGCACAUUUACCUGCGCAGCCGCAUCCUGACCGACGACCCCACUGUCAACGAGACCCUUUUCUACGAGCCCCUGGACCUGGACGACCACACGUCCAACCUGGGCUACAUGAAGAUCAACAGUCUCAAGGUGUUCGGCUACAGCAUGCACUUUGACCCAGAGAGCAUCAAAGACCUGAUUUUGCAGCUGGACUACCCGUACACGCAAGGAACCCAGGACGCAGCCUUUCAUAUGCUGCUGGAGAUGAGAGACCGCAUCAACCGGCUCUCCCCGCCCGGAGUGCAGCCAUUGGACAUCUUUUCAUGUCUGCUCCGCCACAGGCUUAAGCUCUCCACCAGCGAGGUGGUGCGCAUCCGAGACUCCCUCCAGAUUUUCAACUCCAAGCUGCCCAAUUCCUCUGAGGCAGAGCUGGGCCAGUUAUGCAGCUAGCUCAGUCUAAAUUAGGGUCCAGGAGUGCUGCGCUGCUGGUUACUCUUCAGUCAUCCGCCAAUUUAUCCAUCUGGUUUGGAAAACAUGUACAUAUAUUUCUGAGAUGUCUAGAACAUUCCUAUACACUUGCUGAAAGACUGUGGUGUGUGUUGAAUCUGUUGAAUGUGGAGUGAUGUCAUGACAACAGAUCGUUUUUAAWAUAGAAAGCAAGGAGCUCAGAUGAGUUUUCAAAAGGAUCACUAUGGCUGUUCAUCUGUUGGCAUGAAGUUAAGGAAAUGGAACAGGAUUUCCCUUUCUAACUUUUUUUCUUUGGUUACAGAACAAUUUAAUUUAAAAGGGAGAAUAUGAUGUGCUGAAUGAGUUGUUGAUUAUGCUUAACGGUUUAUUUUGAUAAUCAUUGACUUUUUUUAUCCUUGCCUCUCCAUUUUAUCUUCGUUCAAAACCAUACAAGAUAUGUAUUUGUGCUUAACAUUUGGUUGAGAAGCCCAUGACUGAAUCGUUCUAUUCAGCAACAUUACUUUACCAAAAGAAGGUGAAKAUUGUGGCAAACUGAGUGGCAUAAAUGUCUUAAAUGUUGAGUUUAGUUUUUCAGCUGACUUCAAAAUGAAUUCUUCUGACAUGGUUACAAAAGGUCUGUGGAUACAGCUCUGUAAAUAUUGCUCCAUCUAUGUGGAAAGUGCACAUAACUUUUAUUUGAUAACCAAGUGCAAACACCCCAAAAAUAUUUGUAACAAAAAAAAAUCAUGCCUUAUAAUGGAGAGUCAAUGUUCAGAUAAAAAGCACAUUUAGUUCAGUUUAAUUUCCAAGCUAGAUGUUUUGAAUAUAUUUUGCAAACAUAACACCUUUUUUGGAAUAGGCUAACUGUAUUUGCAUUCUAAUGAGUACACUGUAUUGUGGAUCUUACCUGUAAAUGCCAGUCACAAUUCCAGUUAAACAUAUUGCGGACUUUUAUUAUUUUUUAAACUAGUUCUUUAACUCAAAUGUUUAUUAAUGGUAUUCACGGUAGGCCUAGAUUGGAACUCAAAUAAAUAUGAGCUGAUAAACUGGAGACCAUGCAUUUCUCUUAGUAUAUUCCAACUGGAUAUGUUUCAAAUCUUUUACAUGGAUUGUGAUGGUUCAACAAUUGACCAUACUGCUAUAUCUGUAUCAUAUGUUAAAGUACUAUUUGACCUUUCAUUAUCUACAAAACCUACAUCUUUAGUGAAAAAAUGCUGUCAUAAAUCUACUGCUGGAAUAGGUGUGUUUAUAGGAUUUAUCAAUUGUACCAUUGGACAAUAGGAACAUUUGGUCUCGACAAAGAACACAUAUUUAAAUGUCCCUCUUCACUGUACGAAUCCUCUUUGUUACCAUGAAAUGGAAAAAUGCUGGGUGCUUCCUGAUAAGAUGAAUGUUCUCUAAUAUAUGAAGUGCAGCAUUUGCAAGUUAAAACUAAUUUCCAAGGUUGUCACAGAGCACGGGAACCAAACACACAUUGUCACAUUGCAUCAAACUCACUGUGCCUCUGAACAACCUGGGAAAAACAUCAAACUAUUUUAAUGAGAUGGGAGUCACAAACACAGAGUUUGUAAAUAAAAGUUAUUUAUCUUGAUGUCAUCUAGAAAUCACCACUUGCCCUUCAGCUAAUCGUCAGGACAGUGAAGGACACCCAAUCAAUCAAGGAGGGUCUAUUAUGCUGUGUAAACAUUUCAAACAUUCCCACAAGAAAAUGAGGGAAAUGGGGUUGGCAAUUUUUCUCCAAUGAUUUAUUAUGUUUUGAGAGUCCAAUAAUUUAAUUGAGGUAUUGUGGUAUUGGUCAAAUAAAAUCUGGUUCUUGUACUUCUUUUUUGCCUGUACCAGUGUAGGUCAUGUAGUACAGUCAUCAAUUACAAUUUGGAUUAUAGGUUCAGGGAAAUGUUAGAAAUACAAAGUGUCUGGAGAAUAGAUUAUUAUUAGCACACAGAGAAAGAGAGAGGGGGAGAGAGAGAGAGACAGAGAGAGAGAGAGAGAAACUAUAAACAUUAUCAACAACAAAUACAAUGUACUAUUCCAAUUUCAUUACUAUGGACAUUAUCAUAUAAUAGAAACAUUCAAACAUUCCACUCCAAUUCCACAUCCACUUGCAUAUCAGUCUAAAAUCUAAGGAUGCAAAUGAAUGCAUUAACUCUCCUUGACUUGAUUGGCUAGCCUCUCGUUACAUGAUAGACAGUACACUGAGUACAGCAGAUGAUUUCAUAGAGCAUUUAUUUGCCAUGUAUUCCUUUCUGUUUGUUGCCUUUGACUGCCUCUGACUGCCUCAGUCCAUAGGACAGUAACUGACGGUUAGCAUGGCUGCCAGCACACAGCACUUAUCAUACCACCCAGAUGMUCUUCUUUCAAACUCUAUUCUUUUAUGUCAAUCAGUGGUGUGAUUUGUUUCAAUUUCUUCCAAUUCUGCCACAUUGGACUUCUUUUAACAUUUGAGGCACUUCAUUGUUAACGGCGGCCGUCCUUGAGCUUUUUAUGGCCACCAGGUUCAAGGCUGGACAGCUCUUUUCACGUGUGCUCUAUCCAUUUUCCAUUGGUGAGAGGACGCCUGACAUGUAAAUAUCCCUGUGGAAGUAAAGGGUCUUCCACAAUGCCAACACUGUCACUUAGCAGUGGCCUGUUUGUCUGGUGUGCAAGUCUUGGGACUGGUGCCAAUGUCCUUAGGCCUCAGAGAGGCAUGACCUCACUAUUAUGGUUUAUAACUUAUUUGAUAUGUGGGGGACAUCUUUCUUUCCACAGGGAGCCGAUCUUAGCUUUUCAAUGGGUAAUGAUAUGAGAGAAUGGCACCACUAUAUGAGGUUAUCAUUACAGUUUGAUUUGAAUGUCAUCUUUAGCUGCCUUUAUUUAAUUACAUUUUCUAUAUCAGUAUUGCUACCAUCAAAAUCAAACUAUAUAUAAAGGUGGUAGUAACAUGGUUUAAAGAUUUGAACAAGUUGUGAACACUUACAAUGAUCAAUUAUAUACAUUUAUCUCUGAUAUAAUUACAGUUAUAACUUGUUCCUAUAUUUCUACCAUGUAAGUACCUAUGCUGUAAAGUACACUACUUAUACGAGCCAUUCAAGAAAUAAGCAACAAACUCUCUGUAUGUCUAGCUUGUACUAUUCCUGACAUAAUUAACCCAAGCAAUUUUUCCGUACAGUAUGAAAGGUAAUUGUCGUUCGAAAAAUGUACAAAUAUUUCCUAAACGCCUUCAACUUCUGUAUGGUUAUAGAAUAAGAUGUUGUUUUGGCCCUGAAAGCUACAAAUGUCCAGAACCAAAGUGCUGAAUGUAAAUAUUCUUAGGUUGACUCCAUCRACUUUGAUCAGACUCUACUUCACACAGCUCAAUCAAGAAUAUGAAAUAUCAGCUCAGUAUCCAGCUGAAAGAAUUAUAUUUGAUUAUAUGAUCAUGUUUUAUGUAUUUGUAUCUGUACAUACUGAAUGAGGCGCUACAUACACAAACAUACUGAUAUGCUUACUGGUUGGCUCUGUAAAGAACCGUUUAACUUUUUAUUAUUGUUUGAUCAAAAAUAUUUGUUUCUCUCAAUGUUUUAACAGGAUGUAAAUGUUCUUAUAUUAAAUAAUAAA